CUAGCGGCUGCAAUUUGUAUCUCCUUCUCUAAUGGAGAAAAGCGAUUCCGAUCUUCCCGUUCCAUCUCCGACCGCCGCCGGAGAUCUAGAUAUUAUUCAACAACAAAACCCAUCACCAAAACAUCCUCGUCGAACGGUUCCUAAGCGUUUCGUGAAGAAUCAAAUACCAGAUUCAAUAACUAACAACGAAGCACUCAACGCCGCCAUCGCCCUUUUACCUCCCAACUACAAUUUCGAGGUCCAUAAAUGCGUAUGGCGAAUCCUCUCAACUGGAUCCAAACGCGUUGCUCUUCAAUUCCCUGAAGGCCUGCUUAUGUACUCCCUUGUCCUCUCCGACAUCUUCGCCGCAUUCGCCGCCGUCGACAGUUGUUUCAUCCUCGGAGAUGUCACCUACGGUGCUUGCUGUGUCGACGACCUUUCAGCCGCCGCUCUUAACGCCGACCUCUUAAUCCAUUACGGCCAUAGUUGUCUUGUGCCUAUUGAUAACACAUCGAUCCCUUGCAUCUAUGUUUUCGUUGAAAUCAAAAUCGAUGUUCGCCGUUUAAUUGAUACUGUUAAGCUUAAUCUUGAUAAUUCAACCACCAAGGAGUUGAUUUUGGCUGGAACGAUUCAGUUUGCAGCGGCAAUACGUGCCGCCAAGAUGGAUCUGGAAGGGGCAGGGUUUAGGGUUUUAGUGCCGCAGUCAAAACCCUUGUCGGCUGGAGAAAUUCUUGGCUGCACUGCUCCAACUAUUGGUAAGACUGAACUUAGUGAGAGUAAUGCUGUUGUUAUCUUUGUAGCAGAUGGGAGAUUUCACUUAGAGGCAUUCAUGAUAGCAAACCCUAAAAUUAAAGCUCUUAGGUAUGAUCCUUACAUUGGGUCCCUUUUUCUGGAAGAAUACAAUCACAAAGGCAUGAAGGAAUGUAGAAAGAACGCAAUCUGUAAAGCAAAAGGCGUAAAAAAUUGGGGAAUUGUGUUGGGAACCUUGGGGAGACAAGGGAAUCCCAAAAUUCUUGAUAGAUUAGAGAAGAAGAUGAGAGAAAAGGGUUUAUCAUGGACUGUAGUAUUGAUGUCUGAACUAUCACCAGCUAGAAUUGCAUUGUUUGGUGAUUCUGUUGAUGCUUGGAUUCAAAUAGCCUGUCCUAGGCUUUCGAUAGAUUGGGGUGAUGCUUUUGUGAAACCACUGUUAACGCCAUUUGAAGCAGAGAUUGCUCUUGGUGAUCUACAUGGCUGGUGGGAAAGAAAGCCAAUGGAUUGUUCAAAGAAUGAAACUUGUUGUCAAGGUAACAAUGGAGGUUGUAUGGAAGAAAAGGAAGGAGAGGUUGAUGGUGAUUAUCCAAUGGAUUACUAUUCUCAGGAUGGAGGGGAAUGGAAUUCGAGCUAUUCAAAGAAGCCUUCACAGACUAUAAGGAGAAAUAAAGUAUUAUCAUCAGAUGGUUAAAAGUAUGUUCUAAAUCCUUAACCUUGCUGAUUUACUUUCAUUGUUUUUCAGUUUUGAUUGAGAUCGUAAUCAUAGUCUAAGCGGAAGAUACAAAAUAGAGUUCCUUAUGUAAGCUGAACUUAAGAUUGUUGUUUUAGUUUCUAGUAACUUAUUUGUAAGCAAAUUUUGGUUCAUCAAUUUCAACUUGGUUCUUUUAUCUAUGUUACUAUUGGUUUGCAGAUU